AGUCACUCGAUGAAGGUACUAAGGUGAAGAGAAACUGGGGCUAUGAUUCGAAUUAUUUCCGUCAAACGCUUCUGAGCUGUAUGAGAAUCAACUACCAAUUUAUUACAUACUUUAAACAUUUUGUUUAUUUUAUUUAUUUUUUUUUACUCGCGCCUUCAUGUUGUCUGACUAAUUAUUAAUUUAUUCUACUUUAUUUAUCCACGAUUGUUACAAGUGUUUUAUUUAAAUGGAAACGUGUAACUUGAAGAAAUAAAAAAAACUACUUUUUUUUUAUAUUUAGUCUGUUGAGUAAAUUAUUUUACGAGUGUUAAUUGCCAGUAUGAUUAAUAGAUUUUUUUCCACACGAAUACGAUUUAUCGUAUUAGUAUCACUGUCAUUAUUUGGGUCAAACAAUGGACUGGAACACCAAUUACAAGACAAUUAUUACAAUACCGAAGAAUGCGCACUAAUUUUGCGUGGUCCCGGACGGUCUAGUUUCUAUGACUACACAUACAAUCUCCUUCGCGGGUCCUUGUCUCCCUCAUCUGGAUCAUACACUUGUAUAACUUACGAUGCUAUUAAUCGUGCGUAUUAUGACGCCAGACAGCGAAUCGCUGUCGCUCAACCAGCUGAUGAAAAAUGGAGACCGGAAGACUUGGCAACUGUUGGAGAACUUCUUCUAGAUAUUUCGACAUCAUUAGCCCAAAUGUACGGAUUGACGAGAAAUGAAAUUGAGAAUGAAUUACCUCUGAUAGACACCUCUAAAACAUUAAUACACGAGGUAUGCCCAGCAUUUUUAUCAAAUGUUGAGUGUCGUGCCGGAAAAUAUCGCCGAUUUGACGGACUUUGCACGAACCUCGAACAUCCGAAUUGGGGAGCGUCACUUACGCCAUUCAACAGAUUAAUGCCUCCAGCAUUUUCGGAUGGAAUAAAUGCACCAAGAUUAUCAACGACCGGUGGAAAUUUACCACUAGCACGAGUGGUAUCACGUACAAUCCAUCCGGAUCAGGGUUAUCAUGAUCAUGCUGGAACUGUUAUGGUUAUUGCAUGGGGUCAGUUUAUGGAUCAUGAUUACACACUUACAGCAACUCCAUUAGAUCCAUUGAACCGCAAUGAUCCAGAAGAAUGUUGCGAUCGUCCUCCUCACUUGAAAAAUCCAUAUUGCGUCGAAAUAGAAAUACCAGAAGACGAUUAUUUCUAUCGUUUAUUUAAUAUUCGCUGUCAAAAUUUCGUUCGGGCAUUUCCAGCAGUAAGACCUGGGUGCCGUCUUGGCUCUCGUAUUCCUUUCAAUCUUCUGACUGGUGUCCUAGAUGGUAAUACUGUUUAUGGAAUCGCUGAAGAAUUUUCUCGUAAAUUACGUACAGGAUAUGCCGGUCUUCUGAGAAUGAAUCCAGUGUUUUCGGACUAUGGUUUGAAAGAUUUGUUGCCAUUAAAAUUAGACAUUCCUGAUGAAGGCUGUACGAGACCAAAUGCAUCAAUGUAUUGUUUUGAUGCUGGUGAAAUCCGUGUCAACGAGCAACUGGUAUUAACAUGCAUGCACACACUGAUGGCAAGAGAACAUAAUAGAGCUGCUAAAGCACUUGGACAAGUUAAUCCACACUGGGACGACGAAACAUUAUUCCAAGAAGCAAGACGUAUUGUUAUCGCUGAAAUUCAACACGUUACGUACAAUGAAUUUCUACCCAUUAUUCUCGGGCAUGAUACUAUGGAGAAAUUUGGACUAGUUUUGGAGAAACACAACUAUUGGGAUGGUUAUGAUCCAUCAAUAAAUCCAAGUGUCAUUGACGCAUUUGCAGCAGCGGCAUUUAGAUUUGGCCAUUCAUUAUUGCCGACUGCUGUUGAGCGAUGGAGCAAAGCUCAUAAAUUUAUUGCGUCAAAGAGAUUGUCCGAUUUAAUUAGAAGACCAUGGGAUCUUUAUCGAGCUGGAGUUAUUGACGAAUAUUUUAUGGGGCUUAUGAAUCAAGUUGCACAAGCUAUGGAUGACUCAAUAACUUCAGAAGUAACGAAUCAUUUGUUUAAAAAAGUCGGAGCUAAAUUUGGAAUGGAUUUGGUAUCGUUCAAUAUGCAACGUGGUCGCGAACUCGGUAUCCCAAGUUACAUGGAAUUCAGAAAAUUAUGUGGACUUCCUGUGGCGCAUACAUUUGACGAAUUAUUUGGUUUGAUGCCAAACGAAACUGUGUUGCGUUACGUCUCUAUUUUUCGGACUCCAGCGGACAUUGAUCUUUGGUCGGGAGGCGUUUCAGAGCGACCGCUACCUGGGGCUAUGUUGGGACCGACAUUUUCGUGUGUAAUUGCAACGCAGUUUAGUAAUUCACGUCGAGGUGACAGAUUUUGGUACGAGUUACCUAAUCAGCCAUCGUCAUUUACGCUAGAUCAAUUGAAUGAACUACGUAAAGCAAGAUUAGCUAGACUUGUUUGUGACAAUACCGAUCUUGUUGACACAAUUCAACUCUAUCCAAUGAUUCUUGCUGAUCAUGAAGUUAACCCAAGGGUGCCUUGUAAAAGUGGUGUCCUAUCAGGAAUAGACUUUAGUAAAUGGGCUGAAUAUUCAACGAGUCAUGCUGCGCAAUAUGAAAAAAAUUUAUCUUCAAAGAAAAAUUUAAAACCGGAACUAAAUCUCUAUUUAUUCAGAAAAUAUAUUUUCCAUAAUGAAAAUACAUCGAGUCUAAUUUCGAAAAUUCGUAGCACACGAUCGCUAAGUGCGUCAUCAAAUUUAUCACAUAAUCGAAGUAAAAGACAAUCUGAUUUUUAUUUGAAUCCUAUUUCAAAAUUUGAUAACAAUAAUCAUGAUAAAAAUUCAAAUUUUUUGGGGACUCAAAAAUUAAAUCCUUUAAAUUCUGGAUUUGUUAAUAAUAAUAAUAAAAUAAAACCAACAUAUACACGAGUAUUUAAAGAUUGCAAUGAAUUUAAAAAACCAAAAUUAGGUAAUUCCAAAAAUUUAAUGCCAAAAUUAAAAUAUCAUCAAAUUAUUGUACCCGAUAAUAAAAAAAAUCUCGAAGAUAAAAAAUUAACAAGUGAAAGUAAAAUUGAUCCGUCACUAAUUUUGAGAAGUAAAAAUUAUAUUAGUAUCCAAGAUCAUCAAGCGUUAAAUAGAAAUAUUGAUAACGAGUUUAUAAAUAAAUCUGGUGAAUUAAAUAACAAUAAGAAUAAUAGUUUAGUAAUACCAUAUGUCGAAGUAGCAGAUUAUAGUGACAAAGGUGAGGAAAGUUUGGACGAUGAGGAUGGGAAUAAAAAUAAAAAAUUUGAAAUCAAGGCGAAACAUAAAAGCGUGAGUGCUUACGAUGGAGAUAUUGACAAUGAUGCCGUUGACCCUGGUACACCUUCAGCGGAACAAGAGAAGGGACCAGGUGGAGCAGGAGCCGUUCGAGUUAUAAAUUAUAGUGACGCUGAUGGCGAUAGUGAAAGUAUUAGUGGUGAUAAAAAUAAUGGGGAUAUUGACCGUAAGAAAUUGAAUUAUAAAAAUACACAUGAUGAGGAAAGUAAAGAGGGUGAUGAUGAAUUUCGGAUUGGAGACUUUGAUUUUGAUAAAAUUACCGAGCCAUUUGAUUUUGAUAAAUUUUUACGGCAUUUUUUCACUUCUGAUGACCAAAGCCAAGAAGAGGGCGAAGAAACUCAAAAAAAUGAUGAAUAUUUUCAUCAAGGAAAUGAUGAAUUUUUUGCUUCCAGUGAAAAUUUUUCGAGUGAAUUUUAUCAAGAUAAUUCUAAUGAUGAUAAUUAGUAUUUUUUAAAAAUUAUACGCGCGUAAUUUUGAUAAAUCAGUUCAGAAUAUCAAUGUAUGUUUUAAAUAUUUUUUUAUGUAACGUUACAAGCGGGAUAUUAAUCAUUAAUUAUUCAAGGUAAAAUA